AUGAUUGCUAAUGACGACGAGUGGCGGCGCUUCGCGGCGCUCACCGCGGGCGUCGACGACGUCCUCCGGCGCACGCAGGGGGACCUCGACCGCAUCAAGCAGUCCUCCUACUUCCAGCGCAAGCCCCCCGCGUCGGCGCAGCAGCAGAAACAUCCGCAGCCGCAGCAACAGCAGGCUCAGCAGCAGCAGCCGGGCGCGCAGCCGGCGGCUGACAAACCCGCGCCCGCAGCGCCCGCCGAACAGGGCGGUUGCCGCCGCUGGGUAGGCUUCGACGAGCGCACCGGACAGGUGCUCGAGCCGCCACCGGAGCCGACCCCGGAAGCGGAGGCCAAGGGCGAGGACGAAGCGGCCGGUGAAGACGAGGACGCCGCCCACGAGAGCAGCGAAGAGGACGACGACUUCCAGGACGGGGACGAGGACAUCUUCGACACCUCGUACGUGGACGCGCUCGCGUCGGGAGAAGUCCGCCUCGCGUACGUGCCCGACAGCCCCGAGGAGGAGGCCGCGCCCGGCGACGACCCCUUCGACACCUCCAUCGCAGACCCCGUCGUCCGCGCGCUCGAGGAGGAGCAGCGCCGCAAGCCCAAGGCAAGACCCGUCUUCGCGGGCCGCGCCGCGCCCCCGCCGCCUCCGCCGCGCCCGCCUCCGCCGCCACCCGGGCGCCCGCCGCCGCCAGCGUCGCGUGCCCCGGGACCGCUGCUGGGCUCCUUCGACGAGGCGGCCCCGCCCCGAGGAGCCGCCCCGGCGCCGCCCCCGCGCCCGCACCAGCCCCGCCCCCAAGUCCCUGCUCGACGACGACGACGUUCUCGGCUUCAUCCCCGAGGUGAGGUUUCAUUGGACGAAGCGGGUUCUCCCGUCGUCCCAGUCGUCCCCGCCUUCCCCGGUGCGGCGUCCGCCGCCGCCACCCCCGCCUCGUCGCGGCCGUCGUCUCCUCAGCCGCCGGCGCUCAGCGACUUGGUUGCGGAGUUCGACGUACUUACUGCAAAACAAGAGUUAAAAGAGAAUUCACAACACACAUUAUCACAAAUUUUGAUACCUCACCCUCUCGCGGCCGCAGCUCCACCAGUGGUACCACCCAUCUCCACCGUUGCUGCCGUCGCGGGCCUAGUGUCAGUGCUACCAACCGAGGAGGACGAAGACCUCGACGACGAGUUCGCCGCUCUCGCACAGGAGAGCGCGCAUAAACCACCACCGCCACCGGGACCCGAACCUCAGACCGCAGAGGCGGCCGGCCCGGAGGCAGGCCUUGGCCUUGGCCUGGGCCUAGACCUCGACGAGGAGGAGCCCGACCCGUUCGACACCCGCGCCGCCGCGGCGGUGGCCUCGGCGAGCAGCCCUCGAGCGAGCUCAUCGACCCCUUCGCCCUCGAGGAGGACGAGCUCGCCGCGCUCCGCAGCCCGUCGG